AACAGAGUGAAGGUGACUCUGACUGACCUAUUUCGGCAAAGCAUCAGCACAAGUUAUUUGACUAUGCCUUCUGGAGAAACCUCAAAGAAAGGUGCAAAGAGAGCCAAAAUACAUGAUAAAGCUGCACAGACAGCUGAUGUUUCAGUUGGGCAACAAAGAAAUGAUCCAAUGAGAGAAUCUGAAGGAAAUUUAGGUUGUCCGCCUCGUAUGCCAACUGAAGCAGAACCUAUUUCAACUGAAGGUCAAGCUACAGAAAAGCCGAAAAUACCACCUAGAGGUAAAGCAAAAUUGUUGGAGAUUGGCAAAAAAAAAAGAAAACGUCCUAUCCUAGUUGAAUUCAAUGAAAGAGGCCAGCCAAUUGGGAAAAAUGCAGCUAUAUUCUCCUCAUUUAUUGGAUGCACGGCAAGAGAGCUGAUACCAAUAACUUCACCGACUUGGAAAAAUUUAUCAGAUUUGUUCAAAACUCAGAUUUGGGAGCACAUAACAACAAGUUUCACUGUUGACGAAUGCUAUAAGAAAAAUGUUAUUCGAAAGAUGAUCAAGCUUUGGCGAGAUAAUAGAUCCAAUGUUAUGAAAGAAGUGGAGAAGCAAGCCGAACUUGUAGGCCUACAACGUGCUGCUACCCUUUUCAAACCUAAUAAUGUAGAAUCUAUGAAUGAGUGGCUAGCUCUUGUCAAAAACAGAACUAGUCCGUCAUUUAAGGAAAUGUGUCAAAAAUUCAAAGCAAUGCGGGCAGAAAGAACUUUACUCCACAGAACUAGUAGAAAAAGUUUUGCCUGUCUUGAAGAAGAAUUAAGGUCACAAAGUGAAACCCCAGAUGCAAUAACAAGGUCUGAUGUUUGGAUUCAUGCUUACGAAGCGAAGAAGAAGAAGGAUUCAGAUGUAGUUGAGGAUCCAGAAAUAGUGAAACAAGUGAAAAUGUACAAGGCUGAGCAAGAACCUUCAGAGAAAUGUUCUUUAAAAGAUGAUGCUGUUGCAAAAGUACUCGGUCCUGAUCCACGAGGACGAGUAAGAGGGUUGGGAUUUGGAGCGGUCCCUUCAAAGGCAGGUUAUCAAACCAAUGUUGGAAACAAAGUUGCUAAGUUAGAGAAUGCUUUAUUCACUCAAUCACAGAAUAUGCUUGCUCAAUCACAAGAGAUUCAACAAUUGAAAGAGAUAGUUGGAGCUAUUUUGGCACGGACAGAGAAAGAGGGGAAUAACCAUGGAAGUACCAGUGGUCAGCAUUCUGGUAAUCAGCUUUCACAACAAAAAGAUAAGGAAAAUAUAAGUGUGACCGUGCGAAAUUCUGAAACUGAGAGACCACAAAGCAGGCACAGUAAACAAAAGAACUCAAGUGUUCAACAUUCUGUUGAUGAGGGGUUGCAGAGCAAAGAAAAGGAAGGUGCAAGGACCAAGGGUAUUAAGAAUGAUCAUAACAGAAUUGAGUUAUUAAAUUGGUUUCAGAUGGGAGAAGAAGUUGUUGCAAGUGCAAAACUUGAGUCAAAGGAUCCAAGUGCAGUGGUCCAUCACGUGCCUCUUGGCCACGAAUGUUGGAAAGUUUGGGUUCUUGAUGUUUUUGAGGAUAUAGCUUUGUAUCGACCAACCAGCGAGUUUGGAAAAUUGAGUAUGGCUCAAGGAAGUACAAUUGCAUGGCCGAUCAAAUACAUCAAAUUGGUUUAGCUAGUCUUCAAACUUUUAGGGACUUCCAUUUUUUGAAGUAUAUAUUAACAAGCUCCGACUGAUGACAAAUUUCUUAGAGAGAUAGUCGAGAGAUUCCGCAUUUGGGAGUUGUUCAAAAGAUGAUGCGGUAUAUUUUGUAAUGCUAUAUUCUUAAACUCAAGUUUGCUACUAAUUGUACUUAGUUAAUUUGUAGUAGAUUGGAUAUGACAAGUUUGUUAAAACAUUUUCUA